ACAAUAGAAACAAAGUAUUAUUAGAGAGGUUAGUGAAACAAAAUUGGGGGGUUUUGAAAGUUAUGCAUGCAUAUGUAGAUUCUUUUAAUUUCAACGGAAUAGAUUUUGGAGAAGCUAUACGAUUUUUCCUUCAGGGCUUCAGGUUACCUGGUGAGGCACAGAAAAUUGAUCGCAUCAUGGAGAAGUUUGCUGAGCGCUAUUGUAAAUGCAGCCCUAGUUCUUUUAGCAGUGCAGAUACCGCCUACGUUCUUGCUUACUCUGUGAUAAUGCUUAAUACAGAUGCACAUAAUAAUAUGGUGAUAGAUAAGAUGACAAAGGCUGAUUUUAUCCGAAACAACCGAGGCAUAGAUAACGGGAAGGAUUUAUCGGAGGAAUAUCUCGGGGCCCUUUAUGAUCAAAUAGUUCAAAAUGAAAUUAAGAUGAAUGCCGAUUCUUCCGCACCUCAGGGUAAACAAGCAAAUAGCUUUAAUAGAUUGCUGGGAUUGGAGGGUAUACUCAAUCUUGUGAACUGGAAGCAGAGUGAGGAAAAAGCAGUGGGUGCAAAUGGACUUCUCAUUCGGCAUAUUCAGGAGCAAUUUAAAUCACAAUCACGAAAAUCAGAGUAA